UGUCCCGAUUACAAAACUAUACGAUAUUACAGAGAACAAGUUAAUUAUCUCACAUCUCGUAAAAAUAUCCAUAAUGUUGCACUUGUUGUUGACGGAAUUGAUACUAAUGUUGGGUUUUUGAGCUAGCGCCCAACGGACUCCCUGAAGGAGAACUCGCCUUGUCCCAGAAUGCACCGCGGGACCCACUGACGACGCAUAGCCGAGUUCAAUGGAGUUUCCCAUCUCCUCUAAAGUACAUCUGUUAUAUCUGACACCUUUCCAUCUGUUGUGUGAGAGUGUGUAUGGAAAUGGUUAACCGGAUGGUAACUCGGUAACUACAGACGCCACGGUAGCCCGCCCGUUCACAGUACACACACAUAGGCGUACCUGGUCCUGUAGGUGUGCUAGGCUAGCUAUGUAGCUAUAAAUGAUCUGAUGGAAGCUGCAUUGCACCGACACUUUAGUUUUGAUCGAUAAUUGGUUAUUAGAGACUAGUAUAAUCGCCCACAACACGUCUGCAGUAUGAAGCUAACACGGAAGUUGGUCCUGGCCAAAGCCAAGGCCUCGGAUCUGGACAGUGUGAAGAAACUCAACUGCUGGGGCUGCAACUUGACAGACAUCUCCAUAUUUACCCAGAUACCCCACAUCGAGGUCCUGACUCUCAGUGUGAACUCCAUCUUGUCCCUGUCAUCUCUGUCGGGCUGUGUGUGUCUGAGUGAGUUGUACCUCAGACGGAACCUCAUCCCUUCUCUCUCAGAGCUCUCCCAUCUCCGCCCCCUCACACGCCUACGAGUGCUCUGGUUGGCUGAGAACCCCUGCUGCGGAACAGACCCCAGCCAAUACCGUCUCAACGUGUUGCGAUGCCUGCCACGCCUACACAAACUGGACAACCAGGUGGUGACAGAGGAGGAGCUUACUUUUGCUCUAAACGAGGGAGAGGAGAUAACCACACCCCCUGCCGCCGCCCAGAAGCAGUUCUCGACCAGUGACCAGCCAGAGAACGUCAGCUCCACCAAUGGACAGACCGAGACAGAAUCAGAGAACGACCCCCUCAACUACAGUAUGGAGGAGACCAAUAAGAUCCGGGAACAGUUGGGGAUGAAGCCUAUUCCUAGAGACAAGUUCUCCUCCCCAUCACCUCGACCUGCAGCUAGGAAGUCCCACACUCUGGAGGCGGUGCUGAUGCUGUUGAAAGAUCUGGAGGAGGAGGAGCUACGCAUCGUUCACACGGCAACCCAGAACAGACAGCUUCGAUCGCACACACACCCCAAGCUCACACACACGCUACAGGGAGAGACAACCACUGACACACACACACUGCAGGGAGAUGGAACCAUCGACACACACACACUGACAAACUCCAGAGAGAGAACGACCGACAUCGAGCACUGACACACACACACACACUCCAACACACACACACACACACACACACACACACACACACACACACACACACACACACACUCCAACACUGACACACACACUCCCAUUGACUUUAAACACUAAUACAACCACCCAACGCUGAGGUAGACACACAAGUCAUGUUUAAGCUCUGUGACCAGAGGGAGAGGUAAGGGUUCACAUGCUCCCCUAGGUACAGAUCUAGGAUCAGCUUCCCCUCCCCAAUCCUAACCUGAACCAUUAGUGGGGGGAAAUGCAAAACGGACCCAAGAUCAGCGUCUAUGGACUUUACCCUACUCCGGGCUCACCCACCCACCAAACCUUGGUACACACAUGCUUCAGUAUUGUUGUGACAGCCUUUUAGCCAAAUAGAGGAGACUGAAGGGAGAAGUUGUGGCUAUCUAUUCUCUAGCAGAGUGUGGCUAUCUAUUCUCUAGCAGAGCGUGGCUAUCUAUUC